GGUUUACUGCAUGAAGAAAGAGAAUAGAGAAUGUCUGUUUACGAACAAAGUCUUGAAAGCUUCUCUGUCAGUGAUAAAGAUACAAAGGACACAACACUUCAGCAGUCGUCAGAAUGUUCUGUAGUAUUUCCUGAUAAACACUUUUUGGUUGAUUUUGAAAUAGAUGAUCCUGAACGACCUAAGAAUUGGCCUUAUUGGAAAAAGCUAAUGCACACGGCGCUAUAUGGAAUGACAACUUUUGCAGCUCAGUUUAACAGUACAACAAUGUCUCCUACUUCUAAACAUUUAAUAAACACAUACCAUAUAGACGAGGAAGUUGCGACACUAGCUACGUCUCUUUAUGUCUUGGGAAUUGCCUUUGGGCCAAUGAUUUUUGCACCCUUUUCAGAAAUGAACGGAAGAAAAAUUGGAGUUUUUUUGCCUUUCUUCAUAUCAAUAGUAUUGACAGCAGGAACUGCUAGUUCAGAUAAUGUAGCUGCCAUUAUGUGCACUCGCUUUUUUUCUGGCCUCUUUGCUGGGGCGCCUAUUGUUUCUACGGGUGGUGUCUUGGCUGAUCUCUGGAAUCCAGCAGAAAGAGCUACUGCAUUGGUUUUUUAUUCAUUUUUUGUUCUGAGUGGAGCUGAUUUUGGUCCUAUCAUAAGUAGCCUACUUUCAAAUGGUUCAAAUACUGCCUGGAGGUGGCCGUUAUGGUUUAUGGUCAUUAUAGAGUCUUUUAUCCUGCUCGUUAAUAUGGCAGUAAUUGAUGAGACAUAUGUUCCUGUAAUAUUAUCUAGAAAAGCGCGAAGUCUGCGUCUAUCUACAAAAAAUUGGGGACUGCAUGCUGCACAUGACCAGUACAAGCUCGACGUAAAAGAGUUUGUAACCUUUCAUUUGUUGCGUCCGCUUGCAAUGCUAGCUACAACAAUUGUCUUUUUUAUCGCCCUGUUCGCGAGUUACGUAUAUGGUCUUCUUUAUGUUAUAUUGACAACAAUACCCUAUACUUUUAGCUUGUCAAGAAAUUGGAAAGGAACAAUUAGUACACUUCCAAUGAUUCCCGUAUUUAUUGGUGUAAUCAUUGGCGGAGUUUUGAACAUGCUUUGGAACAAGAGGUAUGCCAAAUUACUUUCAGAAAGUGGCGGAGGCUCUCUACCAGAGCAAAGAUUACCGCUGAUGAUGAUGUGUGGUUGGUUUAUGCCAGCUGGUAUAUUCGUAUUCGCUUGGACUUCUGAUGCCAAUAUCCAUUGGAUAGCACCUUUCAUCGGGAUAACUAUGAUAGGUAUCGGAUAUUUCAUAAUUUUCCAAGGAUGCUUGAAUUAUCUUGUGGAUGCGUUUUCAAAUUUUGCUGCAUCGGCAAUUGCUGCAAAUACAUUCGCCAGGUCAAUAUUCGCAGGUACUUUUCCUUUAUUUUCUCGUAUAAUGUUCAAAAAAUUAGAGUUCAUUGGGGUGGAAGUUUAAUAGGGUUUGUUGGUCUUGGAAUGAUCCCAAUCCCUUUUGUUUUUUAUUAUUUUGGUAAAAAACUACGUGCUAAAACUCCAUAUAUCAAGCUUGUCUCUUAACCAGCCUUCCCCUUUUUUUCUUACGAACCGAUUUUGAUAAGCUUGUUAAUCUAUAGGAUUUUGCAUCCAAUAUUAGCAAUUGUGUUAAGCAAAUAAUAACUUUGAUGAUUGUUGUUUGUGAUUAGCAAUUUAAAGAUGGUAUCCCUGUUCGUAUUUUAUUUUGAGCGAGCAGCUUUCAUUCAGUCUUAUUUAUGUUGCUAUUGCAACCAUAUCUUUCAAAUAUUUACUGCGUCCGUUUGUUACCAUACUGCAGGUUUUCAAUCGCUAAUUAGUACUUCCCCUUCAAAUAUACGCAUUCGUUCACCGAACAAAAAAGCCGCAACUACCUUCAAUAACGAAAGUUUUGCUACUCAAUGAUCUUCUUCGCUGGAAUCGUUUUUCUAUUAUUUUCUGUUUCAUUAUGUUGAUUAUUUGUUUAAACAAUUAUUGCAUAUAAAACCUUUCAUAAAUAAUACUACAUGUAAUUUUUGCAUAUCGUUUACAGACUUGAAGUUUCUGGAAGUUAAAUUACAGUCUAAUUUUUGAAAAAUUAUGAUACUCUCUAAAUUUACAUAUUUUGCUUUUAUUGCUUAUUCUAUGACAACACAAAACAACACUCGUCUUUAUUUGAAUGAUGGACAACUUGCGAGGAUCACACCCUUACUGAGACUGUCGAUAAGGAUCCAAAAUUCGCUGAAUGGUAUCUCAUAGACCACAUCAGAUAUCCUCAUAUAAGAAAGUUCCUCGCUAAGUUGUUUGUUUCUGACGGCAGCUAUACUGCUCACACUAAGGGUUGACCUACUACUGGCUGAGACCCCGUAGCAAAAUGAAGAACCCAGAAUUUUGGCGAAGUAUGCGACAUAGCCAGAGGAAUGAAGUUGCGGUCUACGGACGGAAUAAAAUGGAAAACCUUCUCCUGACAAUGUUGUAUACCUUAUCUCAUUGUCACUGUAAUUGA